AUGGAGGAACUCAGUCAAGACUCGCAGAUAACACAACUAUCCGAAAGUCAGAAUCUUUUUCAAGACUAUGGUGCACAGAACGAUGAUUUAGGGAGAGGACAACAGAAUGACUUAAAAGAAAUAUUGAAGGAAUUAAAGUCUCUACGAUCAGAAGUUGCAGAACUUAAAGAGAUGUUAUCGAGUAAUGUCCAACAGAGACCAUUCCAUAUGGCAUCAUGUUCAUUCAAAGAGAAGCUGCAUCUAUUUCUGAGACAUUUGUUUACCAAAAACAUGUGGCUUGAUCUCCAGAAUGAAGAAUACCAGUCUGAAGUGAAGAAAUGCUUACAGAGGGAUGGCAGAUCCUCGGAUAUUGAUGCAUUGAAAAAAGUCAACUCGUUUUCUAUGCUGAAAUUCACAGAAUUCAGAAACCAAUUCAGAAGGAAUCUUGUACAGAAGGGAAAAGUGGACCUCAGAAGUUUGAAAUUGGCAGAGUUCUGUAGGGUAGUCUACAGUCCAUUCUGCAGAUCAGGAGAGGAUAUUUGCUCCACUGAGAGACGCCGAAAUGCCUCACUGUUUAAUCAGACCCAGAACCAGACCCAGCAAGAAAGCCAUUUCUGGAAUGAUUUCAAAACAUACAUUCAAGAGCACCGCGGCCAAACUGAGGAUAAAUGGUUAAAGAUGGAGGAGCUUGAUGGCAGAAGACGAAACAAGUUCCUCAACAGUCAAAGUUUGGUUUUUCCUGAUACAAAUAGAUAUUUAUGA